AUGAAAAGCUGGAUACGAGGAACUGUUUUAGGUGAUACUCUUCGUCUUCUACUUGGGUCUCGCUGGUUGAGUUACCCUGAAGAUGAUCCGACAUUUGACCUUCGUGAGGCCAAAAGAGCUUCAUGUUUGGACGAACAUUCUCAUAAAGACCUCGAGAGCGGCCAGGAAACAAUUUUAUAUGCGGAGAAGCUGUGCACCGCGAACACAAUUGAUCAGGGCAUGAUCAUCGGUUGGGCUUACUCAUUCAUCGUCUAUUGUGGAUCGUCUAUUAUUAUCCCCAGUUACGAGUUCAUGAUGCUUCGAUAUGGCGUUUCUAGGGAGGUCGUUCAGCUAACCUUGGCUAUCUACGUUGUCGGAUACGGUGUCGGCCCUUUGGUUUUCUCGCCAUUGAGUGAAAUUGCUCGCAUCGGUCGCAACCCUCCUUACGUAUUAUCCUUUAUACUGUUUGUAAUUGUGUCGAUUAUCCUCGCAGUCAUAGAUAACUUUCCAGCCAUCGUCGUACUGCGUUUUCUUCAGGGCUUCUUUGGCAGUCCAUGUCUGGCCAGCGGGGGCGCCACUAUACAGGAUAUGCUUUCGUUGAUCAAGGCCCCCUAUGGAUUCAUAUUUUGGGUCACUGGAUUUUAUUGUGGCCCGGCCUUGGGACCGUUACUGGCAGCCUUUGCGGUGACCUCCAACUGGCGCUGGCCUCUAUGGGAGAUUGUUCUGAUGAGCGCAUCAUUCCUCAUCAUUCUCAUCUGCCUACUGCCCGAGACGUCGCAUGAGACAAUUUUGCUUCGUCGAGCCCAACGCCUUCGUCGCUUCCAUCCAGCUGUUUUGGCCCCAGCUGAGACUAGACGGCUUGACUUCCAGGCCAUAUUGAUCGACGCAUUGAUCAAGCCAAUUGAAAUCACAGUUAUGGACCCAGCUCUCGCAUAUAUGUCCGUUUACGCGUCGUUUGUGUAUGCUGUCUAUUACUCAUUCUUCGAGGCCUUCCCAAUUGCCUACGGCAGUGUACAUGAAAUGCCCCAAACCUCUUUGAGCUUGAUAUUCCUCGCCAUCAUUGUUGGGUGUGCAUUAGCCGCAGGACUGUAUGGGGUGUAUCUGAAGUAUAGCUUUAUUCCUCGGUGUCACACCGACAAUCCCAGUCAAGAAGACCGUCUGAUUCCAACACUUCCCGCAGUCUUUCUCCUCCCCGCUGGUCUUUUCAUGUUUGCCUGGACAGUCCGACACUCAGUUCACUGGAUCGUGCCUACCAUCGGCAUAGUCAUAUAUUCGGGAUCAUCCUUUGUUGUUUAUCAGGCGAUUAUCGUCUACAUAUCGUUAUCGUACCCGCGUUAUGUGGCCUCGCUCUUUGCGGCGGCCGACUUUACGCGAUCCAUAACGGCCGCCGGGUUCGUCAUGUUCGCGCGGUAUAUGUUUCUUGACCUGGGAAUUGGCAAAGGGGUUACCGUGCUGGCGGGUCUCUCGGUUGGAGGUGUCUUUGGGAUGAUUUUUAUCUAUGUGUAUGGCGCGAAGCUGCGAGCGCGGAGCAAGUUUGCUGUGGGGGAUUGA